AUGGAUAAUAUUUUAACUAUACUUCAAUGUUCUCCUCAUUUACAUAAACUUAUUUUGAAAGAGAGAUUAAAUGAGAUCAUCAAUCAUGUCUCACUAAAAUCUACUGCUCCCAUAUAUUUUCGACAGUUAAGAUCGUUAACCAUAGAAAAUUUUAGUGAAACUAUUGAUCUAUUAGAAUCCUUUCUUUUAUUGACACCAUCACUGAUUCAUUUAAAACUUGUUGGUUAUAAACUUAUGUCCAAUGGUAAACAAUGGGAACAAUUCAUUCAAAUAAAUUUACCUAAUUUAGUUAAAUUUGAAUUUUAUUUUGUUUAUUGGAGUCAAGAUAAGAUAACAUCAGAUAGUCUUAAUUUAUUUAUUGAUUCUUUUCGAACUCCAUUUUGGAUUGAACACAAAAAAUGGUUUAUUACUUGUAUAUGCGAUAUCGAACGAUCAAGAGUCAUUUAUCUUUAUUCAAUACCAAUAUGUAUAACUUGUUUUAAAUACGAUGUAGAAUUAUAUAAAAGUUCAUAUUUCAAUUGUCCUACGAUGAUGAUAAAUUCAUAA